AUGUCAUGUAACCCCGUCUCAAGGGAAGGAACAAAGCAUCAGAUAGGAGAAAAAAAAGCUUCUUUCUCCCUCUAUCUCUUUCCUGCACGUAGCUGUAACGCUAAAAACAGAGCAAGAGGGAAGGAGGAGGAGGAGAGGGUAAGGAUAGGGUCGUGCGUGUCAACGAGAGGAGGUGCUGGACGAGAUGCCUCGAAGAGGCUCCCGUCUCAGCACCUAAGCGGAAGCUUAACCUCUUCUGGAUACGUUGCCGGAGAUCCAUCGGAUCAACAAUCCGAUGUUGUAGGGAAGAAAGGGCUGUUCAAGUCAAAGCCACGUACUCCCGUUGACCUCGUUCGUCAGACUCGCGAUCUCCUUCUCUACUCCCAUCGCUCCAUUUCCUCUUUGCCUGAUUCUUCCAAACCCGAUGAAAAGAUGGUGGAGCUAAGUAGGAACAUACGUGAAAUGAAGUUCAUUCUCUAUGGAAACAGUGAGGCCGAGCCUGUGGCUGAAGCUUGUGCUCAAUUGACUCAAGAGUUCUUUAGAGAGGAUACUCUACGUCUCUUGAUCACUUGUCUACCUAAUCUCACCUUGGAGACAAGGAAAGAUGCUACACAAGUUGUUGCAAAUCUACAGAGGCAGCAAGUCAAUUAUAAGUUGAUUGCUUCUGAUUAUCUUGAAGCCAAUCUUGAUCUCAUGGAUGUUUUGAUACAAGGCUUUGAGAACAUAGACAUGGCUUUACAUUAUGGUUCUAUGUUUAGGGAGUGCAUCCGCCAUCAGAUUGUUGCCAAAUAUGUUUUGGAGUCUGAGCACGUGAAGAAGUUCUUUGAUUACAUACAGCUUGCUAAUUUCGACAUUGCUGCUGAUGCAGCUGCAACUUUUAAGGAACUGCUAACAAGACAUAAGUCUACUGUUGCCGAGUUUCUAACCAAGAAUGAAGACUGGUUUUUUGCGGACUACAACUCAAAGCUUCUUGAAUCAGUAAAUUAUGUAACCAGACGGCAAGCUAUUAAGUUGUUGGGUGAUAUAUUACUGGAUCGAUCAAAUUCAGCUGUGAUGACUAAAUAUGUGAGCUCAAUGGAUUACUUAAUGAUUCUCAUGAAUCUUCUCAGGGAGUCAAGCAAGAGCAUCCAGAUAGAAGCAUUCCACGUUUUCAAGCUGUUUGUGGCGAACCAAAACAAGCCUGCAGAGAUAGUCAACAUUCUAGUGACUAACAGAAGCAAGCUUCUGAGAUUGCUUGCUGAUUUGAAACCAGACAAAGAUGACGAGAGGUUUGAAGCAGACAAAAGUCAGGUCUUGAGAGAAAUUUCAUCCCUUGAGAUGCAAGAUCUUGCUUGAAUCAACCAACAGAAACCGUCCUUCCUUUGUAAACAUUCGAAAGACAUUUUUGAAGCUUCGAAGUUUGUUUGUUUGUUGUUGUCUUCUUUUAUUAGGUAAAACCAAUCUCUUUCAUUUUCUCUUACACACAAAAUACAGACAACAUAUUUAUUUGAUUUAAUCACUUGUACACUGUUUCACUGUGAUGAAAUAAAACGGAUUUGUUUAUAAGUUCACAUGUACACAUCGUGAAGGUGUAAGUGAGCAUCAAGAGACUCACCUUCCAACAACUUUUAAACCUCAAAUUUAUUUAAUCUCUAAUCAGUUACUCUCUAAUCCUUACACUAACUAUCUCUAUGCGUAUUGAGAUCGACCAUUGUUUCCAAGCUGAGUCAUCUUGGCAGAUUCCUAUGUUUUCCUUCUAUUUAUGGACUACACACCAAGUAAACGCUUCGAGCACGGCUGCGACUAAGCCCAGCGUUAUAAUUAUAGCGGUGAAAGCGUUUCUUCACUGCUUCUCA